AUGGCGAGUACUCAAUCAACCAACGGUCUUUCGAAACAGAUGGAGAAGAUGAGUGUCAGUGGCAAGAGCCGUGCCGAUGCUCCUCGUUACACACCACCACACCGCAAGUACGCUCAAGCAAACAAGUCUGCCGAGUCGACCACAUCUUCGCCAGCCAGAGUCGCAAACCAGCCACCAGCAGCCACACUCGCCAGCACUGAGAAGUCUGUUACAUCCGAGACUGUCGAUCCUACUGGANCCCGAAGCCGCAAUGGAGAGCAAGACUACACCUGCCGCCGCAACAGACGAAGCCUCCGAGUCAGAGCCCAACCCCAAGCCAGCAACCAGCCGCAUGNNGCCCUCCACCACAAACACACCAAGCCUGCCACCAGAGUCGCAGAUUCAUGGGAGGAAGAAGAAGCGUCCUCAGAACCCGAGUGCUCAAACACAACCACCUCCACUACCUCCAAACCCGCCGUCAAGUCCACCGAAGAAGCAGCACCAGUGCCCAAAUCAACAUACCUGCCUCCCCACCUCAAAUACCGCUCUGCCGCUCCCUCGCCACCAAGCCGCAGUAUCACGCCACCCUCACGUAGCACCACACCCUCGUCGAGCACAUCUUCUGACCGCCGCCCUGAAAAGACAAAUGCAGUCGCUCACCGCUUGAUCGCUGGAGCUCUGGGUGUCAAGGUACCUAGAAGAACAGAAGAACAGAGAGCCUACGACAAAGCCAUGAGGGAGCAAGAGAAGAGAAAGAGAGAUCAGGAAAGAGAGGCCAAGAAAAAGGCAGAGGAGGAUGCCGCAAAGGCAAAGGCUGCCAUCUGGGACGAUUGA